UUCGAAGGCGCCAGUUUCCGCCAGACUUACUUGGGCAGUUCGACAAGAAGAGCAGAUUAAAAAAGUGUUGGUGAAAAAGAAGACAUCCAACUGGUACCCUGUCCUGGAAAUAAUUUCACUAUUCUGUAUUGGAAUUAUUCAUAAUACAGUAAACCACAUUAGAAUGGAGAACGAAGCGAGUAAUGACAUUUUCAAGUCAGAUGGUCCGGGUACCAACGACUGGACUGAUUUUUCAUCUGUCAAAACGCAUCUCAAGACAACUUUACAGUGUCUUCAGAAGAAACAUAAAGGACUGACCUUGAAGAAAGUUCAGUAUUUAGAGAAAUUCUUCAGUCAUGUACUUGAUCACCACAGAGGCAGUGUAAAAGAACUUGAGGUGAUUAUAAUAGCUAUUGCACCGCAUGCAUUUAAUGAUCAUAUCAUGUGUAAAAGAACUUGGUGUCUUGAAUUACAAAAAAAUGUCAGCCGGGAAGGCAAAAUCAGCUCCAGUAAAAGGCAACUCAUCAUGGAUUUAAAAGACACAUUCUCUACUUUGGCUUACAAGUCAUGUGAACUUGUAAAGUCUUCUCAGAAUGUGAAUAAAGAAGCAGAUAUUGUUAAAAUAACACUAAAGGAUAAUUCAAAUUCACUAAAGGAGAUCCAUCCACAUCAGCCAGAAAAUGACAUUAUAAAGAAAGAAGUUAAUGUUGUAGGCAAUGAUGCAGUUCAGGACAGUGAACCAUUUAAAAACUUGAAACCAACACGGAAGUCGAAAAGGAAUAUGAGUGAAAAAAGUGACUGUGAACCAGUACAGAAGAAAAAAAGUGUCCACAGUAUUCCAGAUACUGGAAAAAAUACCAAAGAAAACAAAAAAAAUGGAGUACCUAGUAUAACUACAACUACAAAAUGCUCAAAUAAAACACAAUCCAAGGUAAAGAAGCCAAAGCUAGAGGAAAUGGAUAUAAAUGAUUUGCAGAGUCAUAGCAAGGUCUUCUUUGACUUGGAGACCACAUCCCUUAGGAUUGACUGUGAUAUCGUACAAAUUGGCGCAACAGACAACAACGAGGAAUUCAGCAUUUAUGUAAUACCAAACCAAAGAAUAGACCCAAGAGCUUCAGCAGUUACAGGCCUAACUUUUGAACAGCAUACAUUGAAAUACAGAGGCAAGCCUGUAUAUGCAGUUACUCGUUUAGAAGCACUUCACAAAUUUCUGGAGUGGAUACAGUUAAGAUCACCUGUUGUUUUGUAUGCCCACAAUGCUGCAUUUGAUUACAGGAGAUUAUUUUAUGCAAUUAAAGAGGAAAAUCUUGUAGAUAGUUUUAAGCAACACAUCUUGGGUUUUGUAAAUACAAUAGCUCAGUUUAAGGUAAUAUUCCCAAAGCUCCCAAACUAUAAGCAAAGUACAGUAGUGCAGAAGGUUCUCAAGAAAUCAUAUGAUGCUCAUAAUGCUUUGGGAGAUGUAAGGGCUUUGAAGGAACUGUACAAUGUUUCCAAAUCUGAUGUUAUAUCCAAGGGUUCGGUUACAUUUUCCUCAGCUUAUGAGAGUUGGUUGUAUGAUAUUCAUGGUCAGAAGAAAGCUGUGUCCCUUUGAUAAAAAUGUAUUUGUUAACUAUGUAAGUAAUAACCUGAGGUAUUUUAUAUAUUAUUAAGUAUUAGCAUGUCUCUUACAAAUAAGAAAGAUAUAGUUGCAAGUAUUACACCAGGAAAUUAGCAGCUUUAAGGUUUUGGUAAUUUUCUAAAUAAUAAUUUAUGAUAUAUGUUUGCCAUAUAAAAUGAUUGUUUGACAUUAAAGCAUCAGGUGUUAUGUGAUUAUUUUAUAAUAUGAAAAAUGUCAGAAUAAUGAUCACAAACGUGUCCAUGAAAGGUUCUUUAGUUUAGGGAGAUGCAGGUAAAAUAUGACUUGAAUUGUAUUGUCACUUAUAAGAGAAUAUUAUAUUUUAGCAGAAAUCAUCUAGUCUCAUCUUUUUAUUAUAAUCUAUAUUGGUAAUAAUUUGUAAGUGACAGUUGCAUAUCUAUUCUGUCCAAAGUAAACCCAUGUAUGUAUGGUCAUGUUAUACCUACUGUGUUGAGUUUAUUAAUGGUCUUUACAGAUAAAUGGCUCCACGAAUACUUAAUCAUUAAUUAGUUAGUAACUGGUUCUACCUAUAUCACCUCUUUACCCUUUUCCUUGAUUUUUGGGAAUAUUUUCUUUUAUCUUAUACCACUAUUAGUAAUGUUAAGGACAUUAAAAUAAUUAUAAUGUUUCUAAAAAUAACAGUAUCUUGUUUGCUUGUUGGAUUUCUUGGCUGUCAACCAGCAGCAUAUGACCAUGUUAACACAGCCAGCUAAGAUCAUUAAGCCAAUGGAUCCUAUUCAUUAUCUCAAUCUAGAAAGAGUCAUAAAGUUUUGUCUCCUUUAGAAAAGUGAUUAUUCUUUCAUCUGCUGGUAGAUUUGAUAUUGAAAAUUCUUUAUUUUUUAUUUGGAAAUAUAUUUUUUAGAUGUUAUCUAUUGUUUUUUUAUUGGUUGUAUACUAUUAAUAAUUUGCUGAUGGUAACACUGGUAUUUCAAUGAGAGCACUGUGGAGAGAAAUUCUUUUCUAUAUAGGGAGUGAGGUGGGUUACUUCAGUGGCAUUGAGCUUAAGACAGGCCAACACCACCGCCUCCCUUCUUACUUUUCUGUGGGCUGUGUCUGACUUUGUUAUUCAGCUGCAGGUAUCAAUGUUGAUAACAUUAUUAAAGAGGAUAUUUUUCCCAAAAAUUCAAGGAAAGGUGAAUCAGGUGAGCUGAUGAGGUCUAAUUGACUCUUUGGUGUAGAGACAUUUCACAAACAAUUACUACAUUUUCCUGGUGGCAUUGGGUCAAGUAUUUAUAUUCAGUUAUAUCACUUGAAAUUUUAUUAACAUUUGAAUGUAAAGACAACCAUCAUGGGACAGGAAUACUAAAUUAUGACAUUUUGAUUCAAAUUAGACUCACUGUCAGACAUUCAAACUGAAAUGGAUUUGUUCCAUUCAGGUUUUAUCAUUCAUUGUUCCAUAAUGUUUUUUCUUACUUUGUGUUUUUAAUUUUAUCUUAGUGUAAAGUCCAUGUUACUGUGUUUGUAUAGGUUUAUUAUUGAUAUGUUUCUUCUAUAGUACUUGCAGCAUACAGAGCAGUUGCAUUAGAAUAGCAAGUGUCUUAUUUUAAAACUAAAAAUAUUUUCCAUAAAUGUAUAAUGUAUCAUUAAUAAAAUUUUUCAACCAAA